AUGUUUUUGUUUAUUUCAGGAUUUAUUGGGUAUGCUAAGGACGUGUAUGAAAUUAUUUCCCACAAUGCAGUAGCAGAUAACGAUGAUGACCAGUUAUAUUACACUAAAAUAUUUCUAGACAAAUCUCUCCAGGAGAAGUGGAAUAUAAAAUUGGAUAAAAGAUCAGAAAUAUUUAUGAACCUACAUGGAGCUCUUGAUGAUGUCAUGUUAAAGUAUAAAGGGCAGCACAGUUUUCUCUACAAUGUUAAAACAGGCACCGUUCCAAUUGUUAUUCAUGGAAAUGGACCAAUUAAGCCAGAGUUUAACAGACUUGCUAAUUAUUUAGCGGACAGUUGGACAUCAAGUUCAGGAUGUAUUGCAUGUCAGGAAGAUACCAUUAAUCUUGAGGGAUUGCUGGAAGAGGAUUAUCCAUCUAUUGUAUUGGGAGUGUUUGUGGAGCAUCCAACACCAUUUCUUAGAGAAGCCUUACAGAAGAUUGCAGCAUUAGAUUAUCCUAAACAGAAAAUUGAUUUCUUUAUUCAUUCAUCUACAGAGUUUGACAGACUAAUUAUUUACGACAGUUGAAAAUCCAGUUCAGGGUGCUUGUCAAGAAGAUACCAUUAAUCAUGAGGAAUAACAGCUGCCACUGACAAGGUUACUGGCUAAAUAUGGAGUUGAACCUAUUGAGAAGAAACAUGAAAGAACUUUAUACUAUCUUCAUAAAGCAGAUGAAAAAAGAAAAUCUACUAUACUGCAAAUGGAGGUAAGAUGUCUUCAAAAAGAGAAACCUGAAAAUAAAGGAUGGUAUUAUGUACCAACACAAGGUCAGUUUAAAGAAAGGGAAGACAUGUACGGAAGUCAGGAGAUGGUGAAGGCUAGAGAAUUAGGGAAAUAACUUGUUACUAAGAUAUGUCGUACAGGAUUAUUAUGAAACAAAGCCACUUAUUAUUUAAAUGCAUUGCUUUUGAACUUUUAAUGUGGUUUAUUGACAUAAUUUCCUCUUCACAGUUUUAGACAUAAUAUAGAUAUAUGAGGAUUUUCAAAUAAACUUUAAGUAACCUGAAUUAAAGAAGAAUUAUUGAAGAAUAAAGUGUUAGAUAUUGUAUGAAACAUAUUGUUUUGCAUCAAAUUUUGUGAAUAAACAUUGAGUAAAUA